CAUGUACCCUGCAUUGGCGGGCGGAUUCUUAACCUCUGGACCACCAGGGAAAUCUCUAGUUGGAUCUUUUUGAAUUUAAUAUUUAAGUACAUUUGUGCUUCAAUCCAUUAUAGUUACCCUACGGAUGCUUUUAAAUUAUUCCAAUUUUGGCAGGAGGGAGUCUUCUCAAAUUGGUUCCUGAGUCCUUAUGAUAUGACCCUCAUAGCAUUUGAUUGCUUCCUUGCAUCUUCCUGUAAGAUCUUUCAGAUUCUUCUACUACAUUUCCUGCCCCAUAUCUAAGAUUAUUUUUCUUUGGGUAUCCCAAUUUAUCCAUUUUUCUUUGGAUCCCAUGUUCCUUAAAUGGGAAAGUGUUUGCCAAGAUCACAGUCUGGGCACAAGGAGAGUUUCUUGCUAGAACCAGGUUGGUUGUUUCUAGGCCUUUUCAACAGAUGAUGGAGAGAUUUGUUUUUAAGGAUAAAAUAUAUUGUUAGUUCAUACUUAAACUCCAUUUCAAAUUUGGAACUACAACUUCCAUCAGGCUUACAGCUAUACUGCAUGUCAAAAAUUUUAGCUUCAAAGAUACCAUCUUAAUUACUCUUAUAUGGUUUAUCCCAACCAACCAACCAACACUGCCACCAAUAAUUUGGCUUCUGAAAGCAGGUUGUGAUUUAUUGUAAUUCUUUUAUCCCUGAAGGUACAUUCCACCAAAAUGUACAGAUUCUAUUUCAAAGUCACUUGGUUUAGUUCCCCUGUUGUGGUAUAUGCCACAACUGUAUGGCAGUUGGAUUUGUUUCAUUUUACUGUCAGUUUUCAAGGAUUAUUUAAAAUUUACUUUUGUUUUAUAAUGUAAAAUGUUCACUGAUUCUAAAGUCACAUCUAUACAAUGUAUAUUCGAAGAACUUACCUUCUUUGUUCCCUAUACCUAUAUUCCUUCCUUGUUUCUAUAGGUAAACAUUUUAAUGUUGUUAUUCUAUUUGUACAAUUUAUAUACAUAGAUAUAUGUUGCCUUUCCUCAGUGAGUGAUAGCAUAUUGCACAUUGUUUUUCUACUGUGCUGUUUCCACUCAAUAUAUCCUGCAGUGUAUAGUGAUAUUUUUCAGUCCUUUUUUACACCUGCCUAGCUCUGCAUUGUAUGGGUGUAUUAUAGUUUAUUCAUCAGUCUACUAUUAAUAGACAUUUGAGUUUAUCAUUUAAAACUAAACUUAAAAAAGAAACUAAACUUUAACAUUGAUAUUUUGGGAGGGAAAUUUCUAUGUUAAGAAUUGCUGUUACAGUAUGAUAGAACUCAACCUCUUGUUCUUAAAGCCCCCUUACAUUUUGUCUUCUCUGAGUCUGAAUGACCACAACUUAAUUUUUAGCCAUUUAAAAUAGCACUAUGUGCACCUGGCAACAGUUGGAUUGGCCUGCCUGCUCUUGUAAUGAGACUAUUUUUAGAAGCCUUUCUCAUAUAUUGUUCUCAUGUGUUCUUAUGUGUCUAUAUAUCUCUGUCUCUAUAUCUUUAUUACAUAUCACUUAGAGGCAGACUAGCUUGUGUGUUCUUUUUGAAUCAACUAACAGAAAAGAUGUAUUUCCUGUACAUGACAAAAUAGGUGGCAAGUAACCUGAGAAAUUACUUUUUAUGGCUACUGUCCUUAUUAGUAAGGGGUGGGCAAAGUAUGAAAUAAUAGAGCAGUAGUUCCUUUAGAGGCAAAGUCUUACAUGAAGAGUAAAUGAGUUAGUACUGUAAAUUGUUUUAGAAUAAUACCAUGUUUCUGCAUUGCGAUUAUUUGAAAAAAAGAAAUCAAGAUAAUGUGGCUCAUUUAGGAGGUUACCAAUAGAACUUGUAACAGUUCUCCAAACAGUACCUAAAAAGAGUAUUUGAAAAGUAUGUAAAGAUUUAGAAACAAACCGUUGUGUUUUCUGAUGAUCAUAGUAGUUAAAACCGGUGACUUUGUGUCUGAGCGUAAAUGUAUUGUGAUGACAUAAGCUUUGAUCAGUUCAAUUUGAAGCAGUAAUUAAUGCUCAACUUUACUGUGCUCUACACUACACAGUAUACUAUAUGGACCGAGAGUGCCAAGAGUAAAAGUGUGGGAGACGGGCGUUCAAGUAAGUAUGGUAAAAUAAACCAUUGCAAUUUAAAUAACUAUAAUAAAACGAUAAAAGUCAAACUCCACAAAGUGACAUUUGAGUUGAUGAGUUUUCUGAUAGUCACUAAGAAAGACAAGAGUACUACUAUAUAAUGUACAAGGCUUCGAAGAAUUCUCACCACCAGAAAGUGCGGCCAACUACAAGCAGGCUCGGAGAAUGAAUGUGAGGGCGGCAACUUGUACCGUAAAUACGGAUACAGUAACCCUCCGCCUCAGUGCAACGGGAAGGAAGAAGGGAAGGAGUCCGGUUUUCUAUGCAACUUGUCGCAGUGUCUCGUCAGCGACUUUUCGCUACCUCCCAAGGAGGACAGUCCGGUUUCUUAAAGUCCUGCUCCUCCGCUGGCGCUAUGGCCGGGGUCGCAGCCGAGGUUCUCGUUCUGGCGGGAAACGCAGGGAGCCGCGGACCAUGCCCCUUGACUCCGCGUGAGGUCUUGCGCGCGUGGUCCCGGCUCCGGCCCCGAGGACCCCAUGCGGGGCGGGGGACCGGCUCCCCGCGCAGGCCGGCCUAGGUGUCCCGGCAGCUCCCGGGCGCCCCCUGGCCCGGCUCCGGCGCCGGAGGUUUCCGGUGAGCUGCAGUCGCCGGUUAUGACGACUCCCUCAGCCCGAGCCGCCGCCGCCGCCGCCUCCGCAGCCCCGGCUUCUCAGGCUCCAGAUUUUAGAUACCUGAAACAUCGCAGCAACUUCUGGGUGAUUCUGAGGAUUAAAGAGAAACACUUAGAAAAUUUGAAGUACUGCUGGGGUUAUGAGAAAUCCUGCAGACCAGAGUUCAGAUUUGGUUACCCUGUUUGCACCUAUGUGGAUAUGGGAUGGACGGACACUCUUGAAUCAGCCCAGGAAAUAUUCUGGAAGCAAGCCGACUUCGGAUAUGCGGGAGAGCGUCUGGAGGAGCUCCAUGUGCUCUGCCAGCCGAAGGAAAAGAAUGACUCAAGUCUAGUGUGUUCCCGUUACCUUCAGUACUGUAGAGCCACCAAUAUCUACCUUGAUUUAAGAAACAUCAAGAGAAACCAUGACAGAUUCAAGGAAGAUUUUGUCCAUAGUGGGGAAAUUGGAGGACACUGUAAGCUUGACAUUCGUUCGUUGAUGUCUCAAGGUCAGCGCAAAAGCCCUCUGCAGUCUUGGUUUGCGGAGCUACAGAGCUACACUGAACUCAACUUCAGACCUGUAGAAGAUGCUCAGUGUGACAUUGUUAUUGAAAAACCAACCUACUUCAUGAAACUAGAUGCAGGUGUUAACAUGUAUCACCACUUCUGUGAUUUCAUCAAUCUUUACAUUACUCAGCAUGUUAACAAUUCCUUUAGCACAGACGUGUACGUCAUGAUGUGGGACACAAGCUCCUAUGGAUAUGGUGACCUGUUCUCCGACACAUGGAAAGCAUUUACUGAUUAUGAUGUUAUACAUUUGAAAACUUAUGACUCCAAAAGGGUAUGUUUUAAAGAAGCUAUUUUUUCCUUACUUCCCCGGAUGAGAUACGGGCUGUUCUAUAACACCCCUCUGAUCUCUGGGUGUCAAAAUACCGGGUUAUUCAGGGCAUUUUCCCAGCAUGUACUGCACAGACUGAAGAUCACACAAGAGGGUCCCAAGGGUGGAAAAAUUCGAGUGACCAUUCUUGCACGGAGCACAGAGUAUCGGAAAAUACUGAACCAAAAUGAGCUUGUAAAUGCACUGAAAACAGUAUCUACAUUUGAGGUCCAGAUUGUUGAUUAUAAGUAUAAGGAACUUGGGUUUUUAGACCAGCUGAGAAUCACGCAUAACACAGACAUAUUUAUUGGAAUGCAUGGAGCUGGUCUUACCCAUUUACUUUUCCUUCCAGACUGGGCUGCGGUGUUUGAACUGUACAACUGUGGAGAUGAACGUUGUUACUUGGACCUGGCUAGGCUGAGAGGUGUCCACUACAUCACUUGGCGAAGGCAGAACAAAGUCUUUCCUCAAGAUAAGGGCCACCACCCAACUCUGGGGGAACAUCCAAAGUUUACCAACUAUUCUUUUGAUGUAGAAGAAUUUAUGUACCUUGUCCUUCAGGCUGCAGAUCAUGUAUUGCAACACCCAAAGUGGCCAUUUAAGAAAAAACAUGAUGAGCUAUAAAUGUGUUGAGUCUUUUUGCCAAAGGGGAGUUUUUGAGCAGUCCCACACCCAGACUCACCUCACAGUUAAAUAGGUAAAACAGCCUGUUAUCUCCUAGCCCCAAAUCGCCUUUUUUUUUUUUUUAAAUACCAGUACAAUGCCUUCAGGAUAUUACUUAUGUCUUUUAUAGCUUUUAGGUGUUUUGUUUGAUUUUUGUGUCAUUGCUAUUUAUCAAGAUACUAUUUUUGCACUGAAAACUUUACUUUUUAUAGUUCAAAAAUUGGGCCUGGGCUCACUGGUAUCAUUGAGCCUUUUCCUUAGGGAUGCCAAAGUUUGCAACUUUCUUAGUUUUAGAAUUUGUGUUUUUGUAGAAUACCAUGAGAUCAUCAUUUUAGAGGCUUCCAACUUGAUAUGUUUGAGUAAAAUCAUGACUCAUCUAUUUGCCAUAGUUUGUUCAUAGCACUGUUCAUAAUUGGACAGGAAAACAUGCAACACACCCAUGCAUACGUGCACACACACAUGCACACGGUUGUGGUUUUCAGUACCAAUCUAUAGGACUGUGUUAUAGAUCAAACAGUAUUAUAAAUAGAUCUGUUUUCGUCUUAUCAGAGUCCAAACUUAGUCCCAAUGAAUUCUCUGUUAUAUCUUUAUAGUCAGCGCCAGGUUAUAUUCAUCCAGAACCUGAAUAAAUCAUGCUGUUUCCUUAAGUCAUAUUCAUAUAUUUCAUAUGCAGGUCAUGUUUUCCCCACAUGUAACAACCACAGAUGAUAAAAACAAAUGAGAAUGUUCUUUAGAACGGUUUUUUUUUAACGUAUCUUCUAGCUGGUUUCCACUGGCUCCUUCUUAGCCGUGGAGAGCAUUUAUGUAUGAAACAGUGGUUUCAUUGUGCACAUAUUUGUAAGUGCAUAUACUUGUGUGUAUCUGUCUACCUCUUUUAGCAUGGAACUAUUCCAGUGUUUGAUUUUGCAAACUACAAAUUAGCCACAAGAAGAGAUUUUUUCCCCCUAUAAGAAAAAUAAAGGCAAAAAAGGGUAAAGACACAUGUGAAUUAGCCAGUUCAAAAUGGAUAAGAAGCCAUAAGAGAGUGCCAUAGAUUAAAAAGUGUAUCUGACAGCCACCCUACUCCCUCAAUGAGAUUCACUUCUUACUGUUUAUGAACCUUCAAUUUAGUGGUCGGAAACCAUGGAUUUAUUUUAUUUCAAAAUGUGAAGUUUACAUUUUAUUAACACUUGAGUAAUCUCAUUUAGAGACUAGCAACUUCUAUUUUUUUAAGUAAAGGAUUAACAAAGUACAACAGAGCUAAACUUUUUUUUAUGUUUUAGAGUAGUUAAAAAAGAAUAUACAGAAGACAAGUGACCUGAGAAUCCUAAAAUAUUUAUUAUCUGAACCUUUACAGAACACAUUUGCUGACUCCUGCUUUAAAGGAUUAUCAACAGUCUUCUAGAGUUUAGGAAUAUUUAUUAAAAUAUCUGUAAAUGAAUUAAUGAAUCACUAUAGCAGUAGCUUUGAUUUGAGACCUUUACAAUAUUUAAAAAGACUCACAACAUGAUUUUUGAAAUGAUUGGUAUUGCUCCUGUUCUUUGUCCAAAACACUGAGUAACUGCUGAGAAGAUUAUUCACAUGAAAAGAAUUGUCAAGGCUAUGUUGCAUGUUUAGUCAGAGAGGCAGAAACAUCUAAAAAAAAAAUGGCCUGGAAAAAAAAGGUUUCAGCAUUUAUCUUCUUACCUCAUUUUAAGAAGUGUUUGGGAAUGUGAUUCUGUAGAUGAGCAAGUAUUUUAGACAUUGAAAACAAUUUCAUUAUAAAAUGUUACAUUUGCAUAUUUCACAAAGAAACAGUACAUUUUAUAGAAAUGAGAAUAUACUAGGUACUUUAUGUAAUUCACUUUUAUCAGACUUUCUUUUUUUGAUGGGAACAAAAGAAGGUCUUCAAAUUGUUAUAAAAUUUAAAAUGUAAAGACUGCUCUUUUUAUUAAGUCUUUGAAAGAGAUGCAUGUCAUUGUUUGUACAUUUGGGAUAUGGCUUUGGAAUAAAUCUUUUUAUAUUUUAUUUGAACACCA